GAGGGUUUCUUUCUACAAGUCCGCACCAUUACCCUCUUUUUCGCAUUCCCGUCUCAUCUCAUCGUCCUUUCCUCACUUCCCUUUCUCUAUUCAUAUCUCUCUCUCUCUCUCUCUUUCCUUUGCCCAACAGGAAAAAACACAAAAGGAAAAUUGAUAAAUAGAAGAGUUGUUGAACUCUUCUCCAGUGAAACUGGAGAUUGAGCUAUUUUCAGUGAACUGGAAUUUACAGAUUGUGGAUCUAAUACAUUAUUGAUGGGAACUGAACUAAUGAGAGUUUGCAUUAAGGAAGAAAGUGAUGAAAUUCCAUCAGUUCCGCCUGGUUUUGAGUCAUUUGCUGCUUUCACCUUAAAGAGGGUUCAAGAUAGUGAAAAUCAUGAAAGCCAAAACAUAGUUAGAUUUUCAUCUUCUUCAAGCGCUUCAGAAUCACAGCCAGUUAAGAUGGAAAUGGAAUCUGACAUUGGCACUGUCACAAAAGCUACAAGGUCUCUUCGGCGUAGAGCUUGGAUAAACUAUGGUCAACUGGAAAAUUGUUCAGGGGAUGAAUCUGAUUCUGGGAAGCUUAAUCAAGAUCUCACUCUAAGGUCUCAUCUCCCUAAGGGGGUUAUUCGUGGGUGUGCACAAUGCAUGAAUUGUCAAAAGGUCACUGCAAGGUGGCAUCCUGAAUAUGCUCGCAAGCCUGACCUUGAGGAGGCUCCUGUAUUUUACCCAACUGAAGAGGAGUUUGAAGAUACUAUAAAAUACAUUGCUAGCAUACGGCUGAAAGCUGAACCAUAUGGUAUAUGUCGCAUUGUUCCUCCUCCUUCUUGGAAACCUCCCUGUCCUCUGAAGGAAAAAUCUAUAUGGGAGGGUUCUAAGUUUGCUACUCGUGUUCAGAGGGUUGACAAACUGCAGAAUCGAGAUUCAAUGAAAAAGAUGUCAAGAAUGAACAAUCAUACUAAGAAGAAAAGAAGAAGAUGCAUGAGAAUGGCAGUAGAUUGUGGGACAGAUAUUGGAAGUAUCUCAGGGUGCAUUGAUGUUGGUGCUUGUGAGGCUGAGAGUUUUGGAUUUGAACCUGGUCCGCAGUUUAGUCUGAACACAUUUCAGAAAUAUGCUGAUGAUUUCAAGGCCCAGUACUUCACCAAGAAUGAUAGCAUCACGAGUAAGGCAGUUAACACGGCAUUCCUUCAGGAGAACUGGGAGCCAACAGUGGAGAAUAUUGAGGGUGAAUAUUGGCGGAUUGUAGAGAAGGCGACCGAAGAAAUCGAGGUGCUUUAUGGGGCUGAUCUGGAAACUGGGGUUUUUGGCAGUGGGUUUCCAAAAACAUCUGGUCAAGUUGGUUCUGAUACCAAUGAACGUUAUGCAAAGUCUGGCUGGAACUUGAAUAACUUUCCAAGGCUUCCUGGAUCUGUUCUUUCUUAUGAAAGUGGUGAUAUAUCUGGUGUUUUGGUGCCAUGGUUAUAUAUUGGAAUGUGUUUUUCAUCCUUCUGCUGGCAUGUUGAAGAUCAUCAUUUGUAUUCACUGAAUUACAUGCAUUGGGGUGCUCCAAAAAUAUGGUAUGGUGUGCCAGGCAAGGAUGCUGUUAAAUUAGAACAGGCUAUGAGAAAGCAUUUACCUGAUCUUUUUGAAGAACAACCAGACUUGCUUCAUAAGCUGGUGACACAGCUUUCUCCUUCCAUACUAAAAUCUGAAGGGGUACCAGUCUAUAGAUGCAAACAAAAUACUGGAGAGUUCGUUCUAACCUUUCCUCGAGCUUAUCAUUCGGGGUUUAAUUGUGGCUUCAAUUGUGCGGAGGCAGUAAAUGUAGCCCCUGUCGACUGGCUUCCCCAUGGACAGAUUGCUAUAGAGCUAUACCGUGAGCAGGGAAGAAGAACUUCCAUCUCCCAUGAUAAACUGUUGCUUGGGGCAUCAAGGGAAGCAGUGAGAGCUCAUUGGGAACUUAAUUUACUGAAAAAGAACACUUCAAAUAACUUAAGAUGGAAAGAUGUGUGUGGAAAGGAUGGGAUAUUAUCAAAAGCGCUCAAGGAACGUGUGGAGAUAGAGCGAGUAAGGAGAGAAUUUCUUUGCAAAUCUUCACAGGCAUUGAAGAUGGAGAGCAAUUUUGAUGCCACAAGUGAAAGAGAAUGCAUUUUUUGCCUUUUUGAUUUGCACCUUUCUGCAGCUGGAUGUCGUUGUUCCCCAGAUAAGUAUGCAUGCUUGAAUCAUGCAAACCAUAUGUGUUCAUGUGGUGGGAGCACCAAAUUUUUCCUAUUUCGUUAUGACAUCAGUGAAUUAAAUAUCCUAGUUGAGGCAUUGGAAGGAAAACUGAGUGCGGUGUACAGAUGGGCACGACUAGAUCUUGGACUGGCAUUAACUUCUUACAUCUCCAAAGACAACAUGCAAGAUUGUAAAUUAUCUUAUUUGCCAGAAGUUAAAGCACUUGAAGAGGUGAGAUCAAAAUCAUCAAUUGAUUUUCUCAAAGAUUUUGAAAGUAAAGGAAUCCCUAGGGAAAUCACAAUGACAUCAAGUAAGACCAUUAGUGAGACUGCUUCAGUAGAGAAAAAGACACUUACUGAAGCUGUAGCUUUGAGGGGCACAAAGGCAUCAUCUCUAUCCAAUAGUUCUUUUCAAGUAAUUGAGGAGCAAAAUCUUGAUUUAAAGGUGCAUAAAGCAGGAUCCACCCAUUUUCCUACCAAAUUGACAACAUCAAUAUGCCAGCUAUCUCAAGCAGACACUUCCUAUGCUGGAGAUGUUAGUUUGGUGGAAUGCAGAAGCAAAAAGCGUCCAAUUUUGAAUCAUGAUAAUAUUAUUCUUCUUAGUGAUGAUGAAGGUGAUGAUUCAAAGGAAUCAGUUGGAGAAACAGAAAAAGAAUAUUCUCUUGCAAAGCAUUCAGAACUUUCUGACAAGCCGUCAAGUUCUAAAGAUAUUGCCUCUAUGACUGAUGCAGUGAUUAGCAAAAAUAAUGCCAUUUGUUCUCCUAAUGAGCAUAGGAUCAAUAGUUUAUUUGUUCCUGUAAAAUUGAAGGAUGUCUGUCUUCAAGAAAGUGAAAUAGUUCUGGAAUCUAAUGCAAAUAGUUCUUGCCAAUUAGGCUCUACAGCAGGAUUUGGUAGGAACAUUCAGGAUUCCUCAAAUAUGAGAGAGACCAAUAAGGAUCGAAAUAUAGCAAAUGCAGGAUCUGAGCAUGUACAACAGAUAGGCAGUGCAAAGCCAAAUGAUGAGGAUAAGAUGGGAGCAGAUGCCACCUCAAACUCAGUGGACAACUCAAGAGCUAUGGCAGGUAGCCCAUCUUGCUCACAGAAUAAUUUGGACCGGUAUUUCCGCCAAAAGGGUCCACGCAUUGCAAAGGUAGUGCGGAGGAUUAAUUGUAAUGUUGAGCCUCUUGAAUUUGGCGUUGUACUUUCUGGAAAGUUAUGGAGUAACAGCCAGGCAAUUUUUCCCAAAGGAUUUAGGAGCCGUGUUAGAUAUAUAAGCGUUUUAGAUCCAACAAAUAUGUGUUACUAUGUAUCGGAAAUUCUGGAUGCAGGACAAGAUAGACCUCUGUUUAUGGUUUCCUUGGAGCAUUGUCCAAGUGAGGUGUUCAUCAACAUUUCGGCAUCCAGAUGCUGGGAAAUGGUUAGAGAUAGAGUGAAUCAAGAGAUUACAAAACAUCAUAAAUUGGGAAGAAUGAAUCUGCCUCCACUGCAACCUCCUGGAAGCCUUGACGGCCUUGAAAUGUUUGGGUUUUCUUCACCAGCAAUUGUGCAGGUGAUAGAAGCAUUGGAUCGGAAUCGAGUUUGUACAGAUUAUUGGGACUCGAGGCCCUAUUCACGGCCUCAAGGUCAGAUUCCACAACCUUCUCAACUCAUCAAAGGAAAUGGUGGAUACUUCCAUGGGAUAAAUGAGGAACAAAAUAAUGAUGGAGGUAAUUCUGGGAACCAUUUAUUACCUAAUGCAGUUGAUACGAUUCUCAGAGGCCUAUUCAAGAAGGCAAACCCAGAAGAACUGUACUCACUGAACCAAAUUCUAAAUGAUGGCGGGCCAACAACGAGAGUUGAUCGUGGCUUAAUAACGAAACUUCUGAAUGAGGAGAUAAAGAGGCGUCCGAGAUGAUUCGAUAAAAAUCUGGUGGUUUCACGAUGCUCUCUUGAGACUAAAAAAAUCAGGCAGCCUUGCAAUUUUUUUGACUGUAAAUUCCAAAUCCUCUUCUCUCGCCAUGCACAUACAUCUCCAUUCAUUCUACCCAAUUCUUUUACUUAAGAGAUGACAACGAAAAGGAAAAAGAAUUCUUUUUUUUUUUUUCUCCCAUGUAAUUCUUCUUCAUAGUGGCCAUUCAUAACAAGGAAGAAGCUGGAAAUUUUACUCCCAGUAUUCAAGACAUUUUGCCCACUACUACCCUCUAAACAGUCGGGACCCUCAGAUGCUUAGGGAGUUUAGUUUAUUCUGACGACAUAAUGUUUAACUUUCUAGAGACUAAGAAAUCAAUUUUAAUUGUUUUGAACACUUUAUUAGGAUGUUAUGGACUUUAGCUUGAUUACGCCUAUACUCAUUUUACUUUUAACAUCA